AUGACGAGUAACACUAAUAAUAAUUCCGGUCGAAGUGAAAUACUUGAUCCAUUAUAUGAAGUGCUAUUAUAUCAGAAGAAAGAUAUAAUAGCUAUUCAGAAAAAACUCGGUACAAAUAGUAAGGCAAAUCAAACAGCAGUGCAUCAAAGCAAUAAAGCGAAAACACUUCCUGAUUUAUAUGAGUUAUUGUUAGAAUCGGUGGGAGAUUUAAUACCGAUAGAGAAAAAUCUUAACAUUGAUGGCAAUUCCGUUCUAGUAGUGGAAUAUCGAAGCAAUAAAACUCGUGAAGCUUCUAUGGAUAUUUCAAUUGGGGAAAUAUAUAAUUUGCUUGUUUGUUUAGAAGAGGAUAUAAUAACAAUUCAGGACGAACUAGGUAUUAUUGGAUAUUCUAAUAGAGGAAGGGCAGAAGAAGCCGAUGAAAAUGCAAGGGCAUAUCUUCGAAAGUUUGAGAAAUUUCACGGUCCCCUAGAAGAUGAUCCAGGUGUGGUAUUAAAGAAAUAUGGCGAAAUGGGGGUAAAGAAAAUUAGGUUUACUGGAGAGGGACUUCCGCUAAUUCCAAAUCUUACUCCUCAACAAUAG